GGAAGCCAUUGUUCUUUCUCAUAUGACACUCUAGACAAUACGUUCCUUUCUUUAACCAUAUCAUUUGCUCCUGCAAUAAAGGGGUGGAAGACUGGCUGUAGAAGGGUCAUUGGCUUGGAUGCUUGUCACUUGAAUGGAAUUUUGGUGGUGUGAUGCUAUGUGCAACAGGUCUGGAUGUUCAGAAUGGCUUAGUUAUGCUAGGUAUAAUGGUGUGUAGGAAUGAAACCAUAGAAAAUUGGAAGAUUUUCCUUGGAGAUUUGAAGCCUAUGGUAGAUGAAGAUGGUGUGCGUAUCUGUUUCAUCUCAGACAAGCAAAAGGGAAUCUUGGAGGGUGUUGACUAUCACUUUCCUUUAGAUGAACACAGAUAUUGUUUUAGGCACUUGCUUGCAAACUUCAAGAAGACAUACAAGAGUUUUAGUUUGCAGAAUCAUCUUUGGAAUGCAGCUAAACGUUACAAGAAAAAGCAUUUUGAGGAACAUACGGCCAAGAUGAAGGCUGAGAAUGCUGAUGCUGCUUGGUAUCUCUUGAAAGAAGAAAAACUACAAACCUGGUCCAGAGAACAAAUGAGUCUGCAAAAUGGAGAGAUGGUGACAUAG